CCAUGAGUGUCCUCCUCAUACACACUGAGAGAAAGGCAGCAGCCACAGCAGCAAAGCGGUCACUGCAAAGCGGGACAGGACGCACACAGGCAACAUCAGGCGACCAGAGCGAGCAAAGGCUCGGAAAACAGAGGAGGAGAGUGACUGACAUAUAGUGAAACGAGAGAGGGGAGGGAGAGGAGAAGAGAGGAGAGGAGAGGAGAGGAGAGGAGAGAGGGAGGAAACAAGCAGCGACCUCCUACCCAACAACAUCGGAAGCAAACUAAUAAAAUGAAUUCAGACUCCAGCCCGAGCAGCAGAGCUUCUUCCCCGGACAUGGACGGCAUGUUUCUUCGAGACCACCACCCGCUCCAUCACCACCACCACCACCACCUCCACCAACACGUCGGCUCAUCCGUGACCUCCUCCACGCAGAGCGGUGAGCAGCAGCGCCAAAAGAUGACCGGCGGCGAGCUCCUGCGCGCUGGAGACACCAAGCCCGCGUCGGUGGGAAGCAGCAGCAGCAGCAACAGCAGCAGCAGCAGCAACAAGUACAAACUGAAGAAGCAGGUCACCGAGGAGGAAAUGUACCAGCUCCGACUCAAGAUCAACGGCCGGGAGCGGAAGCGCAUGCACGACCUCAACCUGGCUAUGGACGGGCUGCGCGAGGUGAUGCCGUACGCGCACGGGCCCUCGGUGCGGAAGCUGUCCAAGAUCGCCACGCUGCUCUUGGCCAGGAACUACAUCCUGAUGCUCACCAGCUCCCUGGACGAGAUGAAGCGGCUGGUGGGGGAGAUUUACGGCGGGCAGCAUUCGGCCUUCCACUGCGGGACCGUGGCGCACGCUGCCGGCGCCGGCGGACACUCUGCUGGACCCGCCGCGGCAGCGGCAGCCGCCGCCGCCGCCGCGGCCGCGCACCAGGUGCACCCUCUCCUUGGAGGCGCGCUGUCUUCCUCCACGUCCUCCACUCUGUCCAGCGCGCUGCCCGGACUCGCAUCCAUCAGAGCGCCCCACGCGCUGAUGAAGGGCGCGCCGGCUGCGCCCCCGGCCCUGCAACUGGGCUCCGGCUUCCAGCACUGGGCCGGCUUGCCCUGCCCCUGCACCAUCUGCCAGGUGCCUCCUCCACCGCACAUCCCCAUCACCUCCACGGGCCUAACGAGACUGACAGGGGAGGGGAAGGACGGCUUGAAAUGAUGUCUGACACACAGAAGAGACUGAGAGAUAAUCUGACAUCUGUACAUACAGAAAUCAGGGCAUGGGGUGCAUGUUGUCGUUUAGUCUGUUUUCUUGUUAAACGUAUCUAAGAACAAAAUCCUCCUUGUAACAAGGACUUCUAAAGACUGACUUUUGAGUUUGCCACUCGCUGGUAAAAAAAAAAAAAAAAGUGCAACAGGAUGCCAUGUUCCUCCGGUGUUUGACUGAAUUUCGUUUCAUUGUGACAGGUGACGGAGGCUGCAUGAACCUUUUGUUUUAACUUCACAACAGGCGUCAUUUUGUGAGAAACGAAGAAUGCUUUCUGUGCCUUGUACCAAGGAGUUUAUACACUUACAUGAGAGUUAUGAGAUUAAUGGAUUUGGCUGAAACGACUGGGCGGGAAACAGUUUUAGAUCUAUUUCAGCAGCGUGGCUUGUUUUGUCUGAUUGUGCAAAUUUUUUUAUGAACAAGUUUUUGUUUGUUGCAUGUUUGUAUAAUGAUCUUGGCAUGACUGUUUUUUGCAGAAAAGACUUUGCCCAGAGACCCUGUGUGUUUAUUUUUGUACAUUGUCGAUGACUGAUUCAAACAAAUAUUUAUUAUCACCCAGCGGUGAAAAAUUUCAA